AUGUCUCGUCGACCACCUCGAAAAUUCCCUCUUCUUCGAUUGCCACGACUCGCUUUGAUUGAAGUUGUUAAGUGUUGGAAUCCAAUUGAAAUAUACCUCUUCUCAAGAGUCUCUCGGAAAACAGAGAAAAUCUCUCAGUUGAUCAAAAUACCACUUCUGAAACUAUGGCUGAGAGUAUCGAAAUGUUACGAAGUACACCUGGGCAACCCAGCUCGCUGUUUAAGUACUCACUGGUACUUCCGACUGUAUCCAGGUCUCCGUAAUUAUGAGAAACACAAACAUGAAAGAUAUUUGGAUAUAUACUCAAAAAAUGCGGGAAAAUCGAUUGGAAAAUUUAUAGAUCAUUGUCAGAAAAUAUUCAAUUGUGAAUUUGGAGCAAUGACUGUGAUUAUCGAUCCAGUGAUGAAAUCGAGUAACCUCAAUGUAUUCAUCAAUUGGCUCAAUCAGCACGAGAAGUUGUCUAAGAUUCCAUACUUAUCAGUAAGCAGCGGAGAAGAAGGCGAUCAAUUACAUUCGAACUGGUUUAUGCAGAAUUUAAAGAAGGAUAUUGGAGUUUUGAGCUUCUAUGGGAAUUACUAUGCCGCUGAACGUGCCGUGUUGAAAGUCAAUGGAAAAGUGGACAGUUUGGAAUUAGAUUCAAGUGAGAAACUCCUAGAUCUCGACCAUCUGAUCAGUAUGGACUGUGUCUAUAUAUCUGGAGAGACAUCUCUGACCAAUCGAGAUUUGAAUUCAUUUAUGAAGAAUUGGAAGGAAAUGAAGACUAAUGAACGAAUGGGAUUUUAUUUUAUUGAUGCGGCAGAGAACUUGGAUUGGUCUAUUAUUUUGAAAGGAUUGGAUGGAGAGAUAAGAGAUGUUCGGACUCUUAGACGGGAGUACUUAUCACCCUGGAACGGGACACAAAUAUUCAAAGUGUAUGGAGGAGUGGAUAUCACAAGAACUGAUGGAAAAAUUGCCACAAUUGGGAUGAGACUCCAUAUUAUCGAUUUGAAGCCACUGUCUCGUGAAAUGAUAAGAGACUAUCAGAAGAUCAUUGUAGGUCAAAACAUGGAUGGACAAGAGAUGGAUAUAAACUUUGUACAUGAUCCGGAGUAUAGACUGAAUGCUUAUUGUCGGAAAGCAUUCUUCGUCAUGGUCGAAUGA